CUGCCCAUAUACAUAUUUUAUUUAUUUUUGGCUGACAACGUGCGUUUAAAUGUUACGUUGAUCAGAUCUAUGUGUCAAAGCAUUUAUCGUUGUCAGUGUGUUGCGUAUUGUUGCUUUGCAUUUCCACAUGUUUAUUCGCAUUUUAAUUAAAUAAGGAAAUCUGCUGGAAACAACGCAAAGCGGUUUUAUUGUGAACUACGUCAUGGAAUUUAUGAAGAGUUAAGUCUGUAUUGCUCUUGUGCAAAGGAUCUGCGUCUUUGCAACAAUUUAAUCUCGUUUUGAAUCACAUUCCGUAUUCCGAGCAAAACAAACACGAAAAAAUACCGUUACAUUGUAAGUCGUUGCGGGAGGGUGUGUGCGUGCUUUAGGGUGGAGUACAUGUGUAUACAUACAGACAUACAUGUGCAUGUAUUGCAAAGCUCUAUUGAAUUCCUUUACUCAGCAGCCGUUUCGACGCCUCACGUUCAUGUAUGUGUGCGUGUUGGAGAGCCUAGUCAAUAAGUUGAACAGAUGUGGAAAUAUGACAUGCAUCUGCAUGCCACUAAAUUAAAAUCGGGAUAAACUAACAUAAAAUCGAAAAAAAAAUUUGUUGCAACAAAUACAGUGCUCGUUCGUAAGGCAACAGGCGAAUUGUUGAGGUGGACGUGAUACAUGGCUGCUACACGGGCCAGUCCUACUUUUCCGCCUCUUUGAUAGAAUCUGACAACAACAAGUGAUAAAUAAACGCAGUCCAACUUUUAACUGUAACUGUAUGUUUACACACGCAUUACUGAAAAGCGGAACACGCCCAGGGCGAUAGCCAUAAAGUGUUGCAUACGAAAAAGACUCCUCUGUAGGAAAAGCAACAACAAUAGCAGCAGUGUUGCCAAGUGUCGCAAAGUGUAACAAUAAGUCGUAACGUCCUUGGUAACGGCAAACGUCAAAACUGGAACAGGCAUAAAAAGAACAAUAGGAAGAGACGGCAAAGACGCGCACAGCGCAUACAGCGUGAAAAAAAACAAGGUGUGCUAAAAAAUAUGGCAGCAGCACCACCAACAUCGCCCGCAACAGCAGCAGCCGUAACAACAGCAACAACAGCUGCAGCAGAGACAGGACCAACAGCACCUGACAGCAGCGGCCUCGGCGGCGGCGGCAUCGACAUUGGCAACGGCAUCGAGAUGCUGAAGGCUCUGUACGAUUUUCAAGCGGUUUAUCCGAAAACGAUUAGCUUUGAUGAGGGCGAAUAUUUUAUACUCUACCAGACGUCCGCACGACAGCGGAACUGGUGGCAGGUGGUUAGCAUGAAGGGCAACAUUGGCUUUGUGCCAUCUAAUUACGUAAUGAAGAUUAAGGUGGAACAUGAUUUUCUCAUCAGCUUUCUCAACUCAUCGAUUGAGUCGCUGGAAAAGUGCUCUGAGCCAGAGAUUAAUGGCAUCAUGUCCAAGGAUGAGCUGCUCGACAGACUGCGCGAGAAGAAGCACACCAUGGAGCGGCUUUAUGCGGAGAGCUCGGAGCGUGAUGGUGACUCAUCGUUGUCCUAUUCGCACAGCUACAGCGACAAGCAGCAGCUGAGCGGCAGCCACAGCCAUAGCCACAGCCAUUCCCACCGGCACUCGCACACGCAUCCGCAUCAACAGAAAUCGCAACAGAAUAGUCCGCCUGCUACACAACGCCUGGACAUGAGCAAGAAGAGUAUGUCCAGUCCGGCUGUGGGUGUUACUGUGCAGCAAUCGAUGCCGGAGUCGCCUAGCAUGGGCAGCAUGCAGUUGCAGAGCAGCAGCUGCACCAUACAGACGCCACAGCAGCAACAGCAGCAGCCUCUGCCAGCGCCUCCACUGGUGGCCAGCACGUCUGCAGCUGCGGUUGCUGCAGCAGCAGCCGCCACACAAGCCCAAAAGGUCUGUAGCUCCGUCUCGGAUGUGGCGCAGGACAAUAGCAUCACCUCAGAGCCGUCGGAGACGACAACAACCACGACUACCAGCGAGGAUGUGGUCACUACAUACAAGGAGACCAGCCAACUGAGCACUAGCAACGGUGCCACAUCAACGGCAGCUGCAGCCACCGCUGCCGCCACCGCUGCCGCCAAUGCCGCAGCAGCCACUGCAACAACAGCUGCAGCAGCAGCCGCAACAGCGUCAGGAGAGGAAGCAAUUAAUAAGCACAAGCCGCACAAUGGCAACAGCUCCACAGCUAUUCACGACGAGCAGCUCAGCCAGGGCGCGGACAGCGCGCCCGACAAGUCAGAGGCGAGCGAUGACGGCUGCAAUGGUUGUGGUGACAAUAGCCAAGCGCUGGACAGCAUUGAGAGUCCCUCGCUCUCGCAUCGUUUGGGUGCCAGCCUUACUGCCGGCGCCAAUGGCACCCUGGACAAUGGGCGUGGCCAGCUGAAAGUUGAGUCAUCCGAUGUGUAUCAGAUUGUGGAUGCAUUGCGUCGCAAUACAAAUCUCAGCUUUGAUUUGUCUUGCGAGGCAUUGCGCGUCGUGCUAACUAGCUUGGAGCAGCUAUACAAUGGCGCCAUCAAUCCGUAUCUGGAGGCAGUUGCUGUGCACGUCACCGGCAAGGUGGCCACGCCCAAAGAGUUGCUGGGCAUCACGCACGACUCCAAGCGACUACAAUAUCUGUUCGCCCAGUUGGCCGACUGCAAGAACGAUACGGAGCAACGCACUUGGAUGCUCUACGAGGACGAGGAGGAUAUUAUACAGUUUCUCGAGGAGCUCGUGGAGAUACUGAAUAACGCUGAUGAGAACAUCAGCUGUUAUGAGAUGUCGUGUGAUCAAUAUCAGAUGUUCAUCAAUCUGGUACAAUACUAUCAGAUGGAGACACGUUGGUCCAUCAAAAAACUGUUGCUUAAGACUUUCACUGCUGCCUGUCACUUGGAUCACAUCAUUGUUGAUAUACUGCUAACCUCAUUGCUGCCCCUGGAGAUCGUGGAAGAUAUGAAGACGCACUUUUCCAAUUUGGAUCGCUUCAAACAGCUGGUCAAAAUGCUAACCAUUAUCUUCUCGCUGGGCGAGCCCAUGCCCGUCAAUCAUCAGAAUUAUUUGGGCGUGCACUUCGCCAGUUUUCUGCUGGAAAUUGUGGAAGGAAACAAUCCCGAACUGCUCGUGGAUAUGGUUAUCGCCCUGAUAUUGGCCUUCAAUCAACAAUUUAGCGAGCAUACGGUGAAUGUGAUCAUAGAGGCCAUGCAGAAUCUUCCCACAGUCAAAGUGUUCACCGAGAAGCUAUUGCUGCUGCUUAAUCGAGAGGAUGAUCCGACGCGCCUGCUGAAGCAUCACAAUGAACAUAUGAAUACGGUGCUGCGCAUGUUCAUUGACAUAUUCAGCCAUACGUAUUCGGCCAGCAUGUUCUAUACGAACGAUAUCAAAGUGCUAAUCGACAUUGUGGUGCGUCAGCUGUCCGAUUUGGAUGCGGGCAGUGCGACACGCCCAUGCUAUUUGAAGCUGUGCCGUCGCAUCUUGCGCAACACAAACUACCAGGACCAUCAGCAUCGUAAGCAUGAUCUAAUGAAGAUAUUUACGCGCAUCUUUUGCGAGGAGACCGAAUGCAGCGCAUACGAUCAGCAGCUGGUGCGCGAGAUAGCCAACGAAUUUCCCCAAUUAUUUAAGGCAUAGAUUCAAAAAAAAAAAAAAAACAAAACAAAACAAGGAAACCAAAAACAAGAACAAGAAAGAAAACACACUCCCAACAAAAACUUAAAUUAUGUAAAGCGUUGCUAGUGAGGCUACUAAAGUGGCCAAGAACAUUUUAAAUAUUAAAUUGUAUAGUUUAGAAAACUGAUCAAGUCGUGUUUAGCAUUCUAAAACUUUAGCAACUGAAACAUACUUAUUUGUAAUAUCCAUUUUAUAAACUUAAUUUCGAAAGCUAAGUUUCGGUCUGAAGGCAUUUUGCAGCUCAUCUUAAGAGGCGGCCAACUAGUUGCAUAA